AUGACUCGUUUGUCAUGGUUGAUUUUAGUGGUAACUAUCCAGCUUACAAUUGCUGACGAUUGUGAUCUUUGUCACAAAAUGGCUCAAUAUGUCUUAUCGUUUAAAGGUCAAGCCUACGCUGACGUGAAAGCGAAAGCGAUUUCCUCAAUCAGAACGUUUCCCACUUCGGAUCAACCGUUUCUCAAUAACUUGAUCAGCUACAACUUCCGCAAACUCUACAUGGAUGUGAAUAGUGCAGCGAGUGGAAUGACCCCAUCGACCUCUUGCUCUGAUAUGGGAUUCUGUGAUACAAAGGACGAGUUCAAAGCUCCAUUCACCAUUGUCGACUACAAGGCCUCGUUCUGGGAUGAUCACUCGGCUGUCAAAAAUACCCGUGACAAGACGAUUAUUGUCGUUCAUCACACCGUUGAUCCGACUCUUCCUGACACAAUUCUCUCAUUGAAAAACGCAGGGCUUUCUGUGCAAUAUAUUGUUGACAGAGAUGGAAAAAUUUAUCGUCUCGUGGACGAUUACAGACGAGCCUACCAUGCGGGAGCUGGAAUUUGGCGCGGAGAUGGAUGCACCGUCGAUGACACGAACACUCGCUCGGUCGGCAUUGAGACAGUUAACACUGGAGGAGAGCCCUAUCCGGACGUUCAGGUAAAAGCUCUGCACCAAUUAAUCAGCUAUUUGCGAACGAAAUGGCACGUGGAACCACAAAAUAUUAUUGCUCAUCACGAAAAUUCGCCAUGGCAAAAGUACGAUAUUUCGGGCUAUUUUUCAUGGAAAUCACUCUACGAUGAAUUCAAGGAGAAUGUGGGACUUUGGAAGAGUAAUCUCACAGCAGCUCAACAAAAAGAAGUUGUUCUAUCGGAUAAAGUAAAGAAUGCCACUCUCUUGAAAGAAGUGCAACAGAAGCUUUACGAGUACGGUCAUGGAUACAUUGUUGUUGGAGAUCCGUACAGCACCUCAGCCACCAGCAAAGUCACCACCGCACUCGCCAUUCAGGCGUUCAACCGAAAGUUUUGUCCAGAGGUAUUCAUUCUCGAAUCGGUAAAAAACGGAAACGAGGUGACACAUGCUGAGAAUCUUCAGACCUACAAGCUCACUGUGGAGCGACUCAACUGGUUGCACGCACACACGAAGCUUCCCAAUUGCACAAACUAU